GCGCUAACGCAACGUGAUUCGUUCUGGCAGGAGCAGGGGGCUGCCCGCAUUGCUGCGCAGGCAUCGGGCUGCUAGGCUGGGGCACUGCCACUCGGCUGCAGGCUGUGUGCUGCCUGCUGGGGGCUGCGGGAGCGGGUCUCGCCGUCAGGUUCUGCGCAGCAAAGUGGGGGGGUGCGACCCCCGGCCCGCGCGGGCGCCGCGAGGCCCCGCCCCCGCAGCCAGCGGCCCUGCGGCAGCCCCGGGCCCGAGCUCCGCCCUCCACCUCCCGCCGGCCUCGCUCUUUCCUCCCUCCCUCGCUCGCUCGCUCGCCCGCUCCCUCCCCCGGGCCGGCUCGGCGCUGAUUCCGCCGCACGCUGCAGCCGCGGCUGGAAGAUGGCGGGGAACGACUGCGGCGCGCUGCUGGACGAAGAGCUGUCUUCCUUCUUCCUCAACUAUCUCUCCGACACGCAGGUUGAUGGCUCCGGGGAGGAGCAGCUCUGUGCCGACUUUCCGGAGCUUGACCUCUCCCAGCUGGAUGCCGGCGACUUUGACUCAGCCACCUGCUUCGGGGAGCUGCAGUGGUGCCCCGAGAACGGCGAGACCGAGCCCGGCCAGUACAGCCCUGACGACUCGGAGCUCUUCCAGAUCGAUAGUGAGAAUGAGGCCCUCCUGGCUGCACUCACCAAGACCCUGGACGACAUCCCCGAAGAUGAUGUGGGUCUGGAUGCCUUCUCAGCUCUGGACAGUGGAGACACCCCAUCCUGCACCUCAGUGUCUCCUGCUCCUUCUUCUGGACCCCCCAGCCCCGCCCUGGAGAGCUCCUCAGCGCCAGCUCCGGCAAUGGACAAGCAUUCGCUGCUACAGAAGCUGCUCCUUGCCACAUCCUACCCAGCGUCAAGCUCUGAUAGCCAGAAAGAAGGUUCCACCUGGCGCCAAACAGGCCUCAGGUCUAAAAGUCAGCGGCCUAGUGUCAAGAUGGACAGCUCUCAAGACAAGAAGGGCCCCGGGCCGCAGCCGCAGAGCCGCAGUUGUACAGAACUGCAUAAGCACCUCACCUCGGUACCCUCUUGCCCCCGGGCUGCAGCCUGCUCCCCAGAGAGGGGCCUGCAGCUACCAGCCCCCCUGAGUCCCCGGCUCCCUGGCAAGGGGGACAACGAGCUGGGGGAGGACUGUCCCAGCCCCCAGCCCACCAUAGCCUUUGCCCAAGACUCUGUAACGCCAGGCCAGGCAGGCUGUGGCACCCAGCUGCCCCAGGAAGACGUGCAGGCAAUGCUGCAGCUCAUUCGUUACAUGCAUACUUACUGCCUCCCACUGCGGAAACUGCCCCCCCAUGCUCCGGAGCCACCUUCCCAGCCCUGCAGUCCUGCCAAGCAGGUCAGACCCCAGCCUGGCACCCGACACCCCUCCAAGGCCUCCUGGGCAGAGUUCUCCAUCCUGAGGGAACUGCUGGCCCAAGACGUGCUCUGUGAUGUCAGCAAGCCCUACCGCCUGGCCACGCCUGUCUAUGCCUCUCUCACGCCCCAGGCCAGGCCCACAGCCCCCAAGGACAGCCGGGCCUCCCCUGGGGGUGCAGCCCCUGUGGAGGAGGUGAGGAUCGCAGCUUCACCCAAGAGCACAGGGCCAAGACCCAGCCUACGGCCACUGCGGCUGGAUGUAAAAGAGGAGGUUGGCCCAUCUGGCAGCCUGCAUCAGAGGGAGGAGGAGGAGGAAGAGGAGGAGGAGGAGGAAGAAAAAGAGGCAGAAGAGGAGGAAGACGAGGAGGAGGAGUGGGGCAGGAAGAGGCUGGGCAGAGGCCUGCCAUGGACCAAGCUGGGGAGGAAGCAGGAUAAUUCCCUAUGCCCUGUUCGCCGCUCCAGGAGACUGAAUCCCCAGCUGGGUCCUUGGUUGACAUUCACCGAGUCGCUGGUCCCUGCUGAGCCCCCAGGUGCUCUGCCCUCCCUGGGCCCAGCCUCCGAGGCCUACACAAUGGAGGGGGGCAGCCACACGGAUAAAGACAGCAGCCAAGACGAGCACCAUCUGCGAGGACCCACGAUCCCUGCCCUAGAGAGCCCCUGUGAGAGUGGGUGUGGAGACACCGACGAGGACCCUGGCUGCCUGCGGCUCCCGUCUGGAGAUUCUCCCAGGUGCCUCAUGCUGGCCUUGUCACAAAGCAGCGAGGCUCCUUUCGGCAAGAAGAGCUUUGAGCAGACCUUGACAGUGGAACUGUGUGGCACGGCAGGCCUCACCCCACCCACCACGCCCCCGUACAAGCCCAUGGAGGAGGACCCCUUCAAGCCUGAUGGCCAGCACAGCCUGGGCAAAGAUGCAGCUCCUGGCCUCCCCUCCUCUGAGGCUCUCCAGCUUGGGGCCACCCCAGAGGCCACCCACAAACUGCCAAAGAAGCCCCCAGAGCGAAGCGAACUCCUGUCCCACCUGCGGCACACUGCAGCUGCACCAGCCUCCCAGGCUGGCCAGAAGCGCCCCUUCUCGUGUUCCUUCGGAGACCAUGACUACUGCCAGGUGCUUAGGCCGGAGGGCACCCUGCAGAGAAAGGUGCUGAGGUCCUUUGAGCCUGCUGGGGUCCACCCUGAGGACUGGGCCCCGCAGGGGACUCCCGGCAGGGAGGAAGAUGGAAGCUGUGAUGCCAGCACCCCUCGCAAGGACAGUGCGCUGCUGAGAGACCAUGAAAUCCGUGCCAGCCUCACCAAGCACUUUGGGCUGCUGGAGACCGCCCUGGAGGAUGAGGACCUGGCCUCAUGCAAGAGCCCCGAGUAUGACACUGUCUUCGAGGACAGCAGCAGCAGCAGUGGUGAAAGCAGCUUCCUCCCAGAGGAAGAGGAGGAGGAUGAGGACAGAGAGGAGGAGGAGGACGAGGAUGAAGGAGAGGACUCAGGGGUCAGUCCCCCUCGCUCUGACCACUGCCCCUACCAGAGCCCACCAAGCAAGGCCAGUCGGCAGCUCUGUUCCCGCAGCCGCUCUAGCUCUGGCUCCUCUUCCUGCCGCUCCUGGUCGCCAGCCACCCGCAGGAGCUUAAGAUGCGAUGGCAGAGGACCGUUUUCAGGAGGAACGCCAAGCGUGCGGCACACCAGGAAGCGGCGGGAGAAAGCCAUCGGUGAAGGCCGUGUGGUGUACGUUCGAAAUCUCUCCAGUGAUAUGAGCUCCAGGGAGCUGAAGAGGCGCUUUGAGGUGUUUGGGGAGAUUGUGGAGUGCCAGGUGCUGACACGGAGUAAGAGAGGCGAGAAGUGCGGCUUCAUCACCUACCGGCGUUCAGAGCAUGCGGCCCUGUCGCUGAGGAACGGCGCAGCGCUGCAGAAGUGCCACGAGCCCUCUCUGCAGCUGAGUUAUGGAGGGUUCCAGCACUUCCGCUGGCCCCGAUAUACCGACUAUGAUUCCAAUUCCGAAGAGGCCCUUCCGGCAUCAGUGAAAAGCAAGUACGAAGCCAUGGAUUUUGACAGCUUACUGAAGGAGGCCCAGCAGAGCCUGCACUGACCACAGCCUUAACCUUCGAGGAAUACCUCAAUACCUCAGACAAGGCCCUUCCAAUAUGUUUACGUUAUCAAAGAAGGAGGAGAGAGAGCAAGUGAGAGUACGCACGUAAGAGAAAGAGAGAGAGACUUGAAACUGCUGUCCUCUUAAAAAACACAAUCAAUGUUUACAUUGAACAAAGCUGCUUCUGUCUGUGAGUUCCCAUGGUGUUGAUGUGCCACUGCCACGUUAGUGUCCCUGCUUCCCACCAGGUGUCCGGGUGCACGCCUCCAAGUGCUGUGGGUCGGUCACCCUCCCCCUCCCAACUUCCUCCCGUAGCCUUGAAGCUGUGUCCGCCAUCAUUUUUUUUUUUUUUUUUUUUUGGUCCGUAGCGUGUGAUGAUGAAUUUGUUACUUGUGAAUAGAAUCAGGAUUAUCAACGCAUUUUUUUUUAAUUGAAAAAAAAAAAAACAAAAAGUAUAACCUUACAAUACUGUAUUUAUGGCUCAGAUGUGCUGUGCCUGGGGUGACUGCAUCGCUUCCUUGAGUUUGAACUAUGCACUGUCAUGAGAUGUUUGCCUCUGAGCUUCCCUGCGUCCCUUGCCAGACUUGCCCUGCAGGUGCUGCGUGGCCUUCGGCCACACCUGGAGCAGCACAGAGAGGGUUUCAGAUCUUUGCUGCCAAGCCCUGCUCUGCCUCACCCUGAGCCGAGUUUGGGGCAGAUUACAGUGACAUCCCCCAUCUGGUGUCCAGCGUCCCCUUGGAGUGCACGCCCACCUGCUCAUGCUCAGAGCCUCACAUACCUGUAAGGAAGGAGAGGCUUCAGCUACACUGUUCCCGUUUUGUACCCGAUGGGGACAGUGCCCUGAGAGUCUAUAAAUGGCCUCCCCACGAUCCUACACUUGCUAGGGUAAAUGAUUUCAGGGAUAAGUUGGACUACACUGGGCACCAAGCUAGAAGGCUCAGGGCUUGUUGGGGAAAGUUCAGUCAACAGCUGACUCACUGUUACUGUGUGAGCCCAGGGAUCCUGUGGUUUGCUUCUACUGCAGAUAAUGUACCAGCUGCGUAGGCUGUGACGCACGAGGCAGUGGUACAGAUGGACAGCCUUGUCAGCCACCAGCCCCUCCUCUCCCUCCAGCAAGGUCGGGGUCCUCGUCUGUAGAGGUGUUUUGGUGGUCGGGUAGGGCAGCGGGAGCCAGGAGAGGAUGUGAGGUUCAGGCCGGACAAGCCAGGUCCUACCAUUAGAAAGCAUCCUAGCUGAGAUUUUUCUUGAAUCAUGGUUCUUGAGUGACAUCA